CCCCCCCCCCCCUCCCGGUCUCGCUCCCUACCUCCCGCAGCUUCUUCGCCCAGCUCUGCUGUUUAGAUGCUUCACUGUUAGUUGAACGAUGGUACCGUAGUCGUAGCACUUGGCAAUCGAUCGUGUGCGCUAUGUUACGGAGCGUGUUAAGUAUCGGUAGAUGUUUCGGUUUCUUACCAAAGGUUGGAGGUUUGCGCUUUGGUCCGUGAGAAAUUGGCUUCAAAGCUGAAAACAGCCCGAGUUUGCGAGGGCAACACUUCUGCGUUUCUCGGAACGAGCAGCAACAGCAGAAGCAGCGGCGGAGGCCCAUGAUAUGGGUUUUCUGUGAUUGUCUUGUAACCCAAAAUAACUGGCACUAAAGACGUCGCGGCGCGUUGAGCAGGCAGAAGAGGGUCUCUAAUUCUACAUACAACUAGUAGUUGUGGCACAUCCCGCGCUUUCUGACUGUCGUUGAGUCAUAGUGUUAAAUUGCAUGUAUAAUAAAAGACUGGACUCUCUGAACGCUACCGCAUACGAAGCGUUUCUAACCGCAAGAGAUGCAUCGCUGUUCCCCACGGCAGGGAACUCUGGAAGUGGAAACGGUUGCUAGUUUGAGUUCUCUCACCAAAGUCGAGCAUUGUGCAGUACAGUUCAAGGUUAAGUUAAGAAUCAUGCGGGGCUAAUAUACCGGCCUUGAACACAGCAUAGUCAUACUUGCAGGAAAACUCAGAACAUGCUUGCCAGGAAUUACAGCUUUAUUCUAUAUCGAUCCUCCUAAAAAUACUGAUUUAGUCGGUUGCGUGUGCCGAACGUGUUUCAGAUGUUUAAUCUGUUCAACCGUACCCGAGACACCAACAACAAUACAUCAAUUCAUCUUGUAAUCCCUUGUUUGUGUCUGUGAUAUCAACCGCUCCACGUGGGAAGACUUCUUCAUGAAAGUGCUCUAGUAGGCAAAGUUUUCGAGACGUAGUUGUGGCGAACAUGGGGGCAAUGGAGAUUCUAGAUUACAACAACACAUUGGGGAAGAGAGACAGGGACUACGAAGUAAAGGAAGCAGCACGUGUGGGAAUAGAAAACGCAAGGCAGCUACUUCAAUCGCUGACGCAGGUGCAACCCCCAGUUGUAGAGGAGGAGUACGACAUGAUGGCUGGCACUGCCAUAUCCAAGUUCCAGAAGGUGGUGUCCUUACUCACCCGCACAGGCCAUGCACGAUUUCGAAGGAGAACUCGUGAUGCCGUCACUGCCAGUUACGCAGGCGUCUUCCUUGAAAGCUCAAACUUCUGUACAGAUAAUACGCAGGACGCUUCGAGGGACAGAAUCGUCUCAUCGGGUCAUCCCAGCCCAUCACCGUUUAAGUCGACGUUCACGCCAACGUCCUCCUCCAAGCAUCCGCAGUCACCUGAACCGCAACGCACGUUAUACCAGGUAUUUCCUGUAAGCUCUACUUCUGCUGGUGAGACUUCUUCCCCCACCGAGCAUGCGAUGGGCGUUCAUCACCCUAACCCGCAUCAGAUUCUUCACAGCUCUAUGAUGCAACAAGAUCUUUCGGAGCACAUGCAGCGUCUAGCAACUGCUUCUUAUCGGUCAGCUGCCCCUCGGUCAAAAUCGUUCAGUAAACAAGAGACGGGCAGCAAGGAGACGGGCGGCGGGAACAGUCCAGACAGUUCAUUGAGCUCAGGGCCUCCACAGUCGGCGACAACCAUGCCAUUCUCAACCAUGAGUGUGCACGAUGCUAGGGCCGCAGGUCAGCAGAAUGUGAAAUCUGUCGAGCCGCCAUCGGCAUUGCCCCCUCGCCCUCAGCCAUCGAAUCCCAGAAAAAAAUGUUCGGGAAAGUCAGAUAAGAACGGCGCGACUUGCGCGAUCCUUGGACGAUGCCAUUGUUCCAAACGCAGGAAAUUGAGGUCGAAGAGAACAAUCACAGUGAAGGCAAUAAGCACUAAGUUGGCUGACAUACCUCCAGACGAGUAUUCAUGGCGCAAAUAUGGUCAGAAGCCUAUCAAGGGCUCACCGCACCCGAGAGGAUACUACAAGUGCAGCAGCAUCCGGGGCUGUCCAGCCAGAAAACACGUGGAGAGGUCCAUGGAAGACUCAACCAUGUUGAUUGUCACAUAUGAAGGCGAACACAACCAUUUGCGCUAGUUACCCGCCAAUGGCGGAUUGGCAGUACAGUCAUAAUCGACAACAAGCAUGUUUAUUGCCUCAGCACUACAAGCUUGCCGUGUGGUGGAGUAAGCGCAAAAACUACUCAAUGCUCUUCAUGAUCUCUGCAGGCAUUUCGAGUUUAUACCCAUUUUGUACUCCGAUUUUUUGUGAACACAUCAACUAGGAUAGAAGGUCCACCAUCCGACGACGAAGCCGGCGACUUGCGCUCUCAUGCAGUGUUCGAAGGCACAAUUGACCCGAGGUUCGUGCCCGACAAGAAAAUACCUUCAAGUUACUACGUCUGCCCACAAAGCCAGAAACAAGCAGCUUAUAAUAAAGACUAAGAGUUGGCACAAAGUCGAAGACAUCUGUGGACUAUGGUUUUCGAUUCUUCGGCGAAGUGUCUUCCCCUUUGGAGUAAAGAGAAAGAGAAAAGCACUUAAAGUCGAGUAUCCGUAGGAAUGUACAUAAAACAAUUGGAUAAGUUAUAUAACCCAUAAUGACUUGCAAUGGAAGCAGGACAAUACACCACUGAAUACUUCUGAGUGCGUCACCUACAGCCCACUGCCUCCACAUUUUGUCUGGUGGAAGCUAUUAGUGAUGAUUCCAAAUACAACAGAAAAAAAUAUAUUAGUCCGCGAUGAGGUUUCCCAA